CACAUUUAGGUGUCACAGCUUAAACAAAUAUGCAAAAUCAGCGAAAUGGACUAAAAGCGUCCAUUGUGACGUUUUGUUUAUCGGUCCUGUUUCUUACUACAGUUUAUGCUAAGAAUAUUUUCCAACUUUCUUCUAGCCUUAAAGAACCUAAAUCGUUUGCCAAGAGCUUAGAUUCUCUUAUUGUUAAUGGCGAUAAUGCAACCGGCAGUAGAAAUUUUUAUGUUUCAAUGCGAAUUGGAGGUGUUUAUUACAUUCGAUGUGGGGGAAGUAUAAUAUCUUCUUAUUGGUUGAUUACAGCAGCCCAUUGCAUCAAUCGCUUUCCUCCGAAUGACACAUUUGUUGUUCUUGGCGAUUUCACAGAUAAGAAAUCAAAGAAAAAGAAAGUUGGCGUGGAAAAGUUGAUACCACAUAAGAGGUAUCCAGCCUACCGUCCUCUCUUUGACAUCGGUCUGGUCAAACUAGAAAAACCAGUGCCUCGAUGGUCUUUCCAAAUUCCCCUGUGUUCCUCAAAACCUCCGAGGGGAAGAAUUUUAGGCACAUGUGGAUUGGGAUCUACAGUUUAUGAGACAACCGAAAGACCGGAGGUGCUUCAGGAGGCAUUUUUGUGGGAGAAGCAGCAGAGAAUGUGGCUCACAGGACUGAGGUGUCCAGAUCAGACCAUUUGUGCAGAGGACAUCAUAAUGGACACCAAAUUAGGAUCAGGCGACAGCGGGUCCCCUCUCUACGUGAUGAGUGAUGACUUCGCCUGUGCUUUGGGCGAGGGGGUGCAAUGUUUGUUGGGAGUGACAACUCACAGACGCAAAAUGCUCUUCGAAGAUGACUCAUUUCAGUUUGAAAUGUACUUUGCAAGCAUUCCUUAUUUUCACAAAUGGAUCACAAAAAACAUUCUGCAGAACUCAUACUAG